ACAAACUCGGAAAACUUAGGGGCAUAAAAAUGCACAAGUGAAACGUCUGGCGACAAUAUACAAUGCAGCAGACGACGUGAAACAAGCUAUAAAAUCACCCUCAAGGCGAUCCAAGUGUCAGCACCGAACCGCAGCGAGUGAAAACGAGAGUGUGCGUGCUAAACCAGGUCAUCCUUGGCCAUCCAGCAGCCAGCAGCAGCGGAGGCCAGCGGGGCAGCUGUCGCAUCAAUGAGCAGCAUCAUGAGGACGUCGCAGGACGGCCAGCAGGCAGCAGCGCUGUCUCGACCCAAGCUCAAUGCCAGCAGCACGAUGCUCAAUCCGGAGGAGAACGAGGCCGUCUUCAAGAUGCUCGGGAGAAAGUGUCAGACACUCAACACGGCCGUGGUGCAGAUCUACAAGACGGAAGGCAAUGCCCAUUCGCACUGGAAGAAAAAGCACACGGGCGUGGUGUGCUUCGUGAAGGACAGCGCCAUACGGUCGUACUUCCUGCGCGCCUACUGCCUGAUCAAGAGCGAGCUCAUCUGGGAGCACGAGAUCUACGAUGGCAUGCAGAUCGUCAAGUCGCGACCCUUUCUGCUCACCUUCGAGGGCAGCGACGGUCAUGUGGGGUUGAACUUUGUCUCCGAGAAGGAGUGCGACGACUUCUUCCGCAUCGUAGAUGCCACCAUCGAGACGCGCAAUCGCAAGCGCCAGGAGAAGCGCAGUCGCCAGAAGAGCCAGCAGGCCCCGAACGCUCCAGUGCCGCCGGUGCAACGCGAGCCAAUGCGUCCCCCGGCCAUGCAGCCCAGCGGCGGCAUGACGGCCACGGACGGCGGCGGGCCCGUCCAGUUGCGCAACAACAAAAUCAAUUCGGUCACACUGACGCCAGCGCCCACGAAGAACUUCCUUUCGAGCAACUUCGGCCUGGGCAGCCAGGGCAAGGACAAGAAGCGCAAGGUGACCAAGGCGGACAUUAGCCAGCCGACGAACUUUGUGCACAUCAGCCAUGUGGGCUGGGAUGCGGACAAAGGCUUCGAUCUGACGGGCAACGAGGACGACGAGAUGCUGAACGAGAUCUUUGUGAAGGCGGGCGUCUCGGAGAUGGAGCUGAAGGAUCGGGAUACUCGCGCCUUCAUCUACGACUUCAUACAGAGCAACAAUGUGCUGGCCACGGUCAAGCAGGAGAGCGAGAAGUCACCGACGGAACCAACGCCAGUGAGCGCCACCCACAUGCCGCCACCGGUGCCGAGCCGCCAUAACCAUUCACAGAAUGGUAACCAAAGAACCGCGCCUCCUCCGCCGGCCAGGCAGCCGCCGCCCCCGGUGCCCACAACGGUGCCGGGCGCCAUGCGUGCACCUCCACCACCCAUCCGGCCACCACCCAUCGGCAGUGCCCCACCGCCGCCACCUGUCAGCGCACCCGCCGUUGCGCCGCCUCCACCACCCCCGCCACCACCGGCAUCGGCGCCACCACCACCACCCCCGCCAAUGCCUGCUGGAGAGAUACCCAUUAUCACGACCACACAAGCACCUACCCAAGCAGUGAAACGAGCCCCGGCCCCGGUAGCGGCGGAAGCGCCUCCGGACUCACACAACGCCCUGAUGGACGCCAUUCGCAAGGGAACAGUCUUGAAGAAAGUGGAUACGGCUGCUUUGAGCACCGGCAGCGGCGACUCGCGCAGCGAUUUGAUGACUGAGAUACGGACUGGCAUUGUACUGAAGCCGGCCGAUAAACGGGAUCUGGGCAGCCAACGCAUCAGUAGCGAUGGUGGCGCCGGCGGCACCGAUGCCCUGGCCGAUGCUUUGCGACGGGCACUGGCGGCGCGCGGCACUGCCAUGCACUCGGACGACGAUGAGAGCGAGUCUACGGACAACGACGGCGAGUGGGACUAGGCAGCAGACACAAGUUGAGCAGCAGAUGACACACGAUUCAUGUGGCAGACACUAUUCCAAAUAUAAGCAAUAAUGCAACAUGUGCUUUUGGCAUUUUGGUUUAUCCUUGAAUGAUAAAACCCUGUAAAUACUGUUUAGUGAAUUUCCAUACCUCUUUAAUUUAAUUUUAUAGCAAACGCGAAACCAACAAAAAAACUAACAGAUGGUAAAUACUAUAUAUGUCUGUAUUAUCGGCAUUGCGUCCGCUUUCGGUUGUUCCAGUUCACAUUUGCAUAUCCAUAAAACCUGCUCAAUUAAACACGAUAUAUAAAUAAAUAUAUAUAUAUAUACAUAGAUAUGUACGAUACGCAUGUAAAUGAAUUAAAUGCAAACGUUGAUCAGUGCCAAAAAAAACAACUCGAGAACACCAAAAUCCAAAACAACCUUUGUGACUUGUGAAAACAUCAGAAAUUGAGAUAUGGGAUAUCCAUGGGAUAUCCCUCCACAAAUGAAGUGAGCAAACCGUAAAACUGAAUGAAUAUAGCAGAAUAUAUUUUAUAAAACUAUAAAAAAUCCACUGUGCUUAGGACCCAAAAUGUCGGAGAGACAGCUCCAAAUACGUACGAGUAUCCGCAAGUUUAAUGUUUAAACUAGUAGAUUUAUCCCACAGUUAAUUCUAUAUUAAAGAGUUGCUCAAUAAUUAACUCCAUUAAUAGUUGCAAAAAUUCAAUGUAUUACCACCACUCCCCCCAAAAAUGCUUCCACGGAAAGCGAAAGCUUUCUAAUGCAAGAAACAUCCAGAAAAUGGAGCGUCUAGUAACUAAUAAGUAUUUUCUUUAUAGAUAGAUAGAGCAUUUAAUGCAAACUUGUAGUCAUUUCUUUUCCUUCUUUCUGUGUGUGUGUAAUAUGUAAUAUUUAAACAGAGGAAUACUGUUCGGUACGGUGUAUUUUCAUAACUUUUUCGAAAUUACUAAACCAAUAAGCUUGUAUGAGCCCCAGAAAUCUAUAUGGAUCAGAAUUAAUAAUAAUGUAUUGUAUUGUAUUGUAUGUGCGCAUGUCUAAUGAUGUUCUGUGCGAUCUAUUCGUAUCUGAAUACAUACUACUUACAUAUACUUAUAUAUAAGCCAUUA